AUGGAAGAGCACUCGUCUAAAGCAUCUUCAUCACAAACACCGACGGAGUCGGCACCAACAUCUUCGACACCGGCAACAUCAACGUCGGAUGUUACAGGGCAUGGCACAAAUACAAAAUUGAACGUUAUGGGCCCUGUUUCACUCUCAGCAGACAAGGAUUUACUCAAAAAGGUGAAGGAAAAACUUGAGGCCAAAUCCAGGGUCCAUCCGGCAGCUUUUAGAGGUUGGAAAGAGGUCGGCGGAUAUCAGGAGGGCGACCAAUUGACACACACGGAUGAAAUUAUGGAUCUUUUGACGCGUAGCACGUUUCUCGAGGAGCAUCUUCCCGAGUGGCUUUAUGGUGAUUGGUAUCACAUUGUUGCAGCUUUAACUCUUGGUGCUUUAAUCUGCUGGGCUUUUGGUUAUUUCAAGUUUUACUUGGGCCCGGUUUUUUUCGUUACUGUUCCAGUGGCAUUAUACUACAGGUCGUGCAUUCGCAAGUAUAGGCAGAAGAUCAGACUCGAGGCACAGCGUGAGUUUUCCGUUGCCGCAAUUGAGGAUGACUUUGAGUCUUUGGACUGGCUGAAUGUGUUUCUUGAGAAAUUGUGGCCAAACGUUGAGCCAUUUGUGUCUGAGCAGGUCUGUGAGCAAGGUAAUGCUGUUCUGGCCGAACUCCCACUCCCAAGUUUUGUUAAACAGGUUUGGAUUCACACUUUCACCGUUGGAACUAAGCCUCCUCGUGUUGACAAAGUUCGCACUCUCUCCAGAACUGGCGACGAUGUCACCGUGAUGGAUUGGUGGGUUUCGUUUGUGCCAAAUGUGAGGGCUGAUCUUACAGACAAACAACUCCGGAACCGUGCAAACCAGACGUUUGUCUUGAAGGCCAAAUUGUUUGGAUUGACGAUUCCCUUCCGCUUGACUGACGCUUCAUUCCAGGCGAAAAUCCGUGUUCGUUUACGGAUGAUGCCUAACUUCCCCCACAUUCAGACCGUUAACGUUUCUCUCAUGGAAGCCCCAAAGUUUGACGCUGUGACAGUUCCAAUCGUGUUUGCCAUUCCAGGCUUGUAUAUGUUCCUCAAUGAGAUGGUCAAGAAGUUUGCCGGUCCAAUGCUAUUCAGUCCACUCUCUUUCCAGGUUAAUCUCGAGCAGUUGUUGGCUGGUAACGGUAUGAGAGGUGCUCUUGGUAUCCUAGAGUUGAAUAUUAAGAGUGCCAAGGACUUGAGAGGGGCCGAUACGUUCAACAACACCAUCGAUCCAUACUUCACGUUUGGAUUUGGAAGCCAGGUCCUUGGAAAGACUAAAGUUGUCCCUGAUACCGUUAAUCCUGUGUUCAACCAACGUGUUAAUGUGAUGCUUAAGACUUCUACAGAGCCUUUGGCCAUCGUAUUGUACGAUGAGAAUGAGUCUGAUGGUCGUAAGGAUAAGUUUAUGGGUGCUGUGUUGUAUGACUUGGAAGAUAUCAUGGCAAAGGGAAGAAUUGACGACGUCACCCUUCCAGUUUUGAGAAAUAACCGUCCCGCCGGCCAAAUCAGCUUUGGCCUCAAGUUGAUGAGAUCUUUGCAGGGUUCGCGUUUGCCUGAUGGCUCUUAUUUGCCACCUCCUGAUUUAAACACAGGUGUUUUGAACUUGAAGUUGCUCGGUGCCCGUGGCUACAGUGAGGAUGAUAAGAAGCCUGGUUCUGUUUACGCUGAAGUCUUCGUCAACAGGGAGAAGAAGUUGACAUCCGGUUCUGUUAAAAAGUCUAAGGAGGCCUCCUGGAACAUGCCAUAUGAGGAAAUCGUCACCGACAGAGCAAAUACCUCCGUCAGGGUUCUUCUCCGUGAUCCGACAAAGAAAGUCGAUCCGAAGGACAAUAAGUCCAACUUGAUUGGCUCUGCUACGAUCAAGUUGACCGAUAUCAUCGAUGCCUCAUUCGUUGGAAAUGAGUGGUUCUCGAUGAACAGAGGAACCGGUGAGGUCAAACUCUCUUGCGAGUGGAAUUCUGUUCACAUGACCGGCGUUGCCGGAGCUAUUGGAUACACCGAGCCAAUUGGUGUUGUCAGAGUGUUUAUCUCCAAGGCACACGACCUUCUGAACUUGAAAAAGAUUGGGAAGGUUGAUCCUUACGUUAGGCUUAUGGUGAAUGGUGUACAGAGAGGACGUACAUUGGCCAUGGAUGCUACAUUGGAUCCUGUUUACAAUGAAUCCAUCUACAUUCCAGUUUCAUCGCCAAACCAAAGAAUCAAAAUCGAGGCCAUGUCCACCGAGAGGACCUCGAGAGACAGAACUUUGGGAUCAUUCCAAGUUCGUUUGGAUAAGUUCAUUGAUUAUGACGAUAAGGGAGAGCCUAUUGAGACCGUUGGAGACUCUGAGACUGAUUCCUUACUCCAUAAGAAUGGAAUUCAUGGCUCUAUUGAGUACUCCCUGGCCUUCUUCUCGUGUAAGUCUGUCCACACACCGAUGGAAGCUAAAGAGCGUUCCGACCGUAUUUCUGAAAUCAAGGAGACUAUUAAAGUCAAAGAAGCUGAGAGAGAAAAGGAGGAAAAGGAUGUCGGAUCCAAGGAGAAGAAAAAGACUGCUAAGUUCAGUAAAAAGGUUAAGAAGGCUAAAGAACAUUUGGUUGAAGACUCCGAACAGAUUGCAGAGCUUCAGGAUGAAUUAGAGGAGAUUGAGGAUGAGAAAGCAAGUGAGAAGCUUACUGUAGACCAGUUAAAGGAUCAAAAUGCCGGUGUUCUUGUCUUCAGUAUACUUGAAGGACAAUUCCCAUCAGACGGGUACUUGCAGGUGUUCUUUGAUAUGCAAGGUUACGCAACGCUUUCCUCCAAUAAAGUUGGUCCACAUAACAGCAGAGUGGCUCUUACUGGAGAUGUCAUGAUCAAGGAGUUGAAAGAGUUUUCGACUGUUACUUUCCAGCUUGCCAGAAAGAAAGAUGCUAACAUCAAGUCUGACGCCAUCUGCAAGAUGACUAUCCCAACCUUGAAGUUUGUUGAGCAAAGCUAUGAUAAAGUGACGGUGAUGCAAAUCGGUGAAGGUAGCCCUUGUAAAGUCAAGAUCCGGACUCGUUUCAUCCCAGUCAGCAUGAGCAGUUUGCCUGACUUAGAUUCGAUCGGUAAUUCCGGUACCCUUCACUUGAAGAUUCUUCGUGCGGAAGGUUUGCCAUCUGCAGACUCGAAUGGAAAGUCCGAUCCAUUUGCAAAGCUUUACCUCAACGGUGAAGAGUUCUUCAAGACGAAGAACAAGAAGAAGACAUUGAACCCAGAGUGGAAUGAAGAAACAGAGAUAAGUGUGGAUAAUAGGGUGAGCUCUGUUGUUCGUAUAAAGGUGAUCGACUGGGACUUUGGUGUUGAGGCCGAUGACAGUUUGUGUGAAUACACAUUCCCACUUUCUGGUAUUGAUCCAUUUGCAAAAGACUGGCAGAGCUUCCAAUUUGCCCUUUCUGACGAGAACAACAAACCAUCUGGCCAAAUCUAUCUUGAAGGUUUAUUUAAGCCUGCCUAUCAUACAGUCCUUAACCCUGAGAAGAAGCUUCCAAAUGUUGGAAAUAUGGCUGUUGACGGCGCCGGUAAACUUAUCUCCACUGGUGUCGGUGGUGCCGGUAAAGUUCUAUCAACGGGUGUUGGUGGAGCUGGAAAAGUCCUUGGAACUGCCGGAAAGGUCGGAGGAAAGGUGUUUGGAACUGCCAGUGGUAUCUUCAGGAAGAAGAAAUAG